CCCAGCACCAAUCCUCAUUUCUUCCCUUCUCUCUUCCCUGCACAUUCACUGGCCUUUUUCUCCCCUCCCCAAGCCACACUUUCGUUUGCGACUUGCAGACCACCGGUGCCCGAAGCGCCUUGCCCCCCCUCGUCCUGCGUUGGCGGGUGUACAGAUAAUUGGUCGCUUGCGAUUGCUCUCUUGCGCGCUGUCUGACUAUUCCCUCUCUCCCUUCCUCUCGCGCUCUCUCUCCUUCUGCCUCUCUCUCGCUCUGCCCAACUUUUUCCCCCCUCCCCGUCUGUGUCCUCCGUUUGGACCAUUCCCAACCCCAUCCCCACCCGCCCUGAUCGACUCGGACUCAGCACGGGUUCCACAUCAGCAACCCGGCGUGCCUCUUUUUCCACCCACCGAUCUGCAACUUGCCUCCGACCCUGCAACUUCAUUUCCCAAACCCUCCUGUCAACACUUUCUCCCGACCGUCUUUUUUUCGACAUUUCUCAACCCGUCUCGUCUUGCCUCUCCUCCUCUCCUCCUAUUAUUCCACCACGCGACCCCUGUGCUCCAUUUUCUCCAACUCUUCUGUCGGGACUACGUUCUAUUCCUCACGCUCUCCGAAUCACACCGUCUGGCGAAUGCUGACGACCAUCACCUCCUUCCGCGGAUCUAGUCCCCAUUGAUGGGGCUUCCGUCAUGAAUCCCGCCCAGUUUCCCAACCCCGGCGGGGGCAUGCCGGGCUUGACGCAGCAACAACAACAACAGCAGCAGCAACAGCAGCAGCGCACUGAUAACGGCCAGAUACUUAUGAACCACGUCGGACAUGAGUUACAAAUGCAGCCUCGACUUGGUGGAUGGAGAGAUGAAGUCCCUAUCAGGGUUCGAGCUAUGCAUGUUUUCCAAAUGAUUACCUCCCUUCGAUUAAUUCAACCUCGAAUCGACCUGAAGCAGGCAGGCACAGCUGCGAUUGCUUUUGAAACUAAUGCCUGGAAGAAGGCCAAAGAUUUGACCGAAUACGAGAAGACUUGCAACGAGAAACUCAACCACAUCAAAGAUACCCGCCAGAGACAAGCCGCUGUUGCGCUUCAAACCGGAAUGAUGCCCCAAGGUGGGCCCGCGAUGCAGAACCAGCUUCAGGGUGGAAUUCCCCCUCAGAUGAACCCGAACAUGCAAACCUCGCCCGUGGCUCCGGGUCAGCCUCCAAUGAUGGGCAUGAAUACUCCCAACCAACAGGCUGCUAUGCAACAGCGCCAGCAACAACAGCAGCAGCAGCAGCAGCAACAACAACAACAACAACAACAGCAGCAGCAGCAGCAACAACAACAACAACAACAGCAGCAGCAGCAAGCAAUGCUUCAGCAGCAACAGCAGCAGCAGCAGCAACAAUUGCAGCAACAGCAACAGCAACAGCGGACCCAGCAACGCCCUGUCAAUGGCGUUCCUCUCACCGAUGACAUCCAUGCUCUUCAGAACCCCGACGCCGAACAUGUGCAACGACUCGCGCAACAAAUGAUGUCCAAGACGUCUCCAGAGGACGUAGAAAAGAUUAAGGCGAAUCUUGCCAACAUGAAUCCGGAGCAGCGACAGUACUUGCAACGAAAGGGCAUUGAUCCGGUCAACUACUUCUUCCGUACCCAGGCUCUGGGCCAUUUGCGACGAUACCGUCGCUCUCGCAUGGAGAUGGGCCGUAAUGGCAAUCUUGCCAAUCCCGAGGCUAUGCUCACGAAUGAUCCGAUGAUGAGCCAACAAGCGAUGUUCCAAAACAUGAUGAAUUUGCAGCGCAGCAAUUCGACUUUCUCCGGUAACCAAGCCCAGGGACAGGAUCCGAACGCUUUCUUCGGCAACGUGGAGAACAUCCAGGGCCAGCAAGCUGACGGUCUUCGCUCGCAGGAAGCCGGUCAGUUGGUAGUUCCCGCCAGUUCGUCGCAAAUGAACCAGGCACCGUUCAACAACCAACAGAACUUGUUCCAACAGCAGGCCGGUCAGAACGGUCAAGGGAACGGGACUAUGAACGGUCUGGGCAUGAAUAAUCAGGCUUUCAACCAACAGCAUAUGCAGCAGAGUCUUCCCAACGGAGCCCAGCAGUUCCAGGCCCAACAGGCCCAGCAAGCUCAGGCCCAGGCUCAGGCUCGUGCUCAUGCUGCCCAGAAAGCGCAGCUGGCUAUGUCUGGCCAGGUUAACUCGCAAGCCCAAGUCCCGUUUCCCCAGCAGAGUCCGGUCAUGCCGAUGCUGAACCAGGGAAUGCCUCCCGGUCAAAUCUCCCCUGUCCCAAUGUCUGCCCAGGUUCGACCUCCGUCUCGCCCGGCGAAUAUGGGCCAGCACCCAGGUGGCAUGCAGGCCGGACAACCCACUAUGCAAAAUCGCCCUCCAAUUCCCGCCGGUCUUCCCCAGGCGGUUCGAGAUCAAUUGGCCCAAAUGAGUAAUGAGCAGCUUCAUAAUUUCCUGCAGAAUCAACGUCGUGUUCAUGCCAGCAACAUGGCUCGAGCCAACGUUCAGCAGCAACAGCAACAGCAGCUACAACAGCAACAGCAACAGCCACAGCCACAGCAGCAACAGCAGCCUCAGCAGUCGGUGCAGCAAGGUUCUCUGACACAGGAUGGUCAAAAUCCGGCCCUGUUCACUGGAGGACAAAUGGUCAACAAUCCUCGAAUGAGAGCCUCCAUGAGUAUGCCACAAGGCAUGAACCCGGCAGCUGGUCUCGUUCAAAACCCACAGCAGAUGACUCCUCAGCAACGGGCCGUGCAUUUGCACCGACAGAACGAGCUGGCCAGGCUGGUCGCCCUCCGCAAACAGAACAAUGGCCACGAGAUGACUGUUGAGCAGCAAAAGGAAAUGGAUCGUGUCUCUUUCCCAACGUCGCUGAUUGCCAAUAACCCCCAAGUCCCCCAAAACAUUAAGACUUGGGCUCAGAUCAAACAUUGGGCGAGCACCAAUCCCAUCACUACGACUGGCGUAGAAUUCAGUCGACUCUUGACUCUACAAAAGCUUCACUUUGCCCAGAUCCUGGCUGCGAAGCUCGCCCAGCAGCAGAGCCAACAGAACCAGCAAAAUCAAAAUCAAAUCCAGCAGGGUUUCCAAGGCCCUCAAAAUGGGAUGCAAGCUCCUCAGAGUCACCCAAAUCCCGGGAUGGCCAUGGCAACACGACCAAUCACUAAUGAUGAUAUCCAAACUGCUCGCCAGCGGCUGGGAACCAAUUCGGCCAACUAUGACGACGACCAGAUUCGCGAGCUUCUUCGGAAUAAGCAGAGGCAGAUGCUCGAGCAAGCUGCACAUCAACGGGCUCUUGCUUUGGGUCAAGCAGUGCCUCAACCUUCUGGCUCCGUACCUCCAACUCAGUCGCAGGCUCAAUCACUCGGUGUUCCCCAGCAGCCUUUGCAAGUCCCUGGUGAUCUGCAACCUCCUAAUCAGAAACAACAACAGACGGCCCCUACCCCUAAGAGUGGUAAAGCCACAGCUGUCGUGAAUCAGAGAUCGAAGAAGCGACCAAAUCCAGAUGACGCGGUUGAGUUGUCGAGUAUGAACAUCACCCCUCAGCAAAGCCAUGCUACUCCAACCACCGCUGUCCCUGCAGUUCAAAAACAAGGGAUCAGUCAACCAUUCUCACAGGAGGCCUUUAACGCCAUGACUCCUGAACAGCGUCUGCAAAUUGAACAAACAAUGCGGCGCCAUCAGCAGGGAUACUUCCGUCCUCCGCAUCCCAAUAGGGCAACUGCUGAACAUAAUUGGAAUACGAAUCUCCCACCGAAACUUUUGGAGGCCUACGCCGAGAUCUCCAAGGCUGCUCCACCUCCAAACAUCGUGCCUAUCUCCGCAGAACAGAAGUCGAUUAUGACCCAGCAGCUGCAAGAAUCCAUCGACAUCCUGUCUCGAGUGGAGAUCAUCAUUAUGCAAGGAUUCGCAAAGGCGAACAACCAAGAACGUAGUGUGAAAAACAUACUCGCCAUGCGGUUCCAGUUGAUGCGUCAGUUCAAGAACACUCCGGAAUGGAUCCCCAAUGAUUAUUUCACCGUCACUCCCGACUAUUUGACCGGCUCCAUUCUUUUCAUUCGCAGGUUCUUCCAGGCGGUGAUUCAGCGGGCAAAUGAGCGCCGGUCUGCUGCUUCCCAUCCCAACGCUCCAAUUCCUCAGUCGGAACAGCCCGGGCAGACUUCUGCUCUGAGCGCGAGCAACCUUAGGCAGCUACAGCAUCAACAGCAGCAACAGGACGAGGCCCUUCAGCGUGCUCGUCGUGCUUCCAGCCAGUCUGCGCCCGUACCGCCUGCGCCCUUCGGUGCUCCGUCACCCCAAGGUGUUCCAGCAUAUGGUUCUGGUGGACUUGUUCCCGAGAAACUGAAGCUCCCCCCACCCAAAAAGCGCAAGCAGUCCCACACCGGCGUAUCCUCAUCUCCCGUGCCGGCUAGUGCUCCAAUUAUCGCUGACGCGAGUUACAAGAAGGCCGUUGCGGACGCCAAGUCGACGGCUGCCGCUCUAGCUGGUGCAUUCAAGUGCAGCGUCGUCGAGUGCCAGCAUCAUUUCCAAGGUUUCCCAACACAGGUCGCGUUGGACAAGCACGUCGAGGAGAGCCACAAGCCAGAGAUGGAAGAAGUGAUCGAGGAUCCUAUCCAAUUCUACCUUGACAGCAUUGACAUCGGUCUUGGGUUGACCGCGGAUACCCAGGGAGCCCAGCCGAUCGCUACUACCAGCGCCGGCACCGCUCGAUUGAUGCCUUCCCCCGUCAAGCCUGGCCUGGCCACCCCUGCCUCCUCAACUGCAACUCCAAUGAUGCGAGCCGCGAGCCAGGUCGCUGCCAAGGGCGCGUCACCCGCUGCGUCUGCUCAGCAGCUCACCCCUCAGCUGGAGCAGGCCAAGAAACCGGGUCCCACGAAGCCUACCGCGCUCGAGCAACCGUCGGAACCCGCUCUCGCAUGGGCUAAUUCUCAGGUAACUCCUCAAGAGAUUCGCAAUACCUUUGAUCCCCUUUUCGAGGAGGUCGAUCCUUGCAAUGGGCUCAGCAUGUACUCUGGUGAGCCUUGGAGCUUCGACGCCUUACUAGCCAGCGAGUCCGCUCGUCGUGACCUGACCGAGGAUACCCCCGACUCCAAUGAUCUGGCCCUAGCCACUCAGACUCCCCAGGAUGAUCUUAAGGACCCGAUCAAUUGGUCCGAGUGGUCAAUGUACGAUGAGGAGUCCGCUGCGGCAACCGCAGAGUGGAUGAAGAUUCCGCUCGAGCUCCAGGACAAUUCUGGCGACGGUAUCAAGGGUGUACAUGUGGACUUUGACCGCCUUGAGCGUGAGCAGAAGGAGGCUACUCUCAGCGGUAGGGCCGGCCUUGUUAUUCCUACUGCAGUGUGAGUGCGAAGAUUCGAAUCGGCCGGAUUGAGCUUGACGAAGUUCCUUAUUUAUUCCAAUGUCCAUUUCGGUACGAACAAAGUUGCGGCGGACUUGUUUUUUUUACCCUUUUUCACGACUUGACUGUUAUUGUUUCCUUUUCUUCCCAUCCUGGCGGGUUUCCUCUGGCGUACAUAGGAUACGGGUCUCUGUCAUUUUCGACUUUUUUUUCUUUUUUUUUUUUUCUUCUUCUGCUUCUUCUUCUCCUUCUUCUUUCCAUGAUGGGUCACAAUCUGGAAGCGAGUGUACCAUACCCCAACACGGGACUGCCGUUUUCUCUCAUCCUUUCUUUGUGGCCAAUUUUUCCUUUUCUCUUUCUUCCCUUCUUCCUUAAUUUCAUUUGAGCGAUCCCUCUGCGUGGAUACUGGAUUCUGUGCCUUUUCCUUCUUUUUUUUUCUUUUUUUUUUUUUCUCUAUUUGUGAUUCCCAUCUGGAUCAGCGAUGGCGUUCAUACCGUGGGAAAAAAGAUGAUGGGUCUCUGUUUUUUCGCCCGGAUGGGUUUUUGCUUGCUAAUAGCAUCUUUCUCUGUCUGACACCAUUGAUCUCAUGACCUUGUCAAUAUCAGGGCAAAUGGUUUUAUCUUCUUUCUCUCUGAUUCUAUACUUGUACAUUUGGCUCGUAGUUACAUUCAUUAGUUAUUCGUAGUGUACGAUAGGCUGUACUCCC